AUGGCUCGGAAAGAAAGCUGGGCUAGGUCUUCUUCCCUUAGAGAGGCUUAUUCUCCUUUCCCGAGUUCUCAAAUAUUUUCUUUAUUCUCUGUUUAUUCUAUUAUUAGUUCUAUUGUUCCGAUCCGCUUGUGUUUCAGGAAAUCAAACCGAAGUCAAUUCAUUCAACAAUGCCCCCUCGGGACAUUCUGUAUUGGAUUUUGCCAACACCGUUUCACCUUCCUUGCUUUCUGUUCUGUCUUGCAUUUCACCAUGGCACACUCUUCCUUUCAAACCGGUAAAAAGAAAGCCCUUAGCCAUCAUUACAUUACUUAUGCGCCAGCUUUCAUCUCCUUCCACCUAUACCUAAUCCAUUCAUACGGGAAAUGCCAUCCUAUUACUGUCCUAUCCCCUGCUUUUCAACCUUUCCGUAUCUCUCUUUGUACUCUUUCCUUUCUGUCUUUUCAAUUCUUUUCUUUCUUUAGUUUCUUUCUUAAGUAG